CGAAGUAUUAGUUUAAGCCAUAAGUUCUAUUAAAUUGUUGUACUAAAUGAUAGUACUACUUUUUCAUUAGCAAUUUAGUUAAACUUAUACAUAUUUUUUUUUAAAUCAAUUUUUUUUUAGCAUGUAAUUACAUGCUAUUAUAUUUUAAUUAUCAAAGUUAAGUUCAAGUACAUAGUUGUGCCUUUUAGUUGACUUCAUUAGAAAAUAUGGACUUCUCAAUACAUUAAACCAUUUUAAUUCAACAACUAAAAGAGUAUUAUUCUUCUGAUCAGUUUUUAAAUAGUUGAAUAGUUGUAUAAACAAUGGGUGGCAAGACUACAAAAUUAUUUAGAAGUUCACCUCAACCAAGUACCAAUGUUCAAACUGAUAACGAUUCCCCAUAUCAUGAAUAUCAUAAAAAUUAUGACAACCAUGACAUCCAACAACCAGAUGAUACAGUCAUGAAAAACCCCAUAAGUCCAUUUGUAUAUUACAGGAGAGGGUCAAUGUAUAUAGAUGAAGAUGGUGAUAUUGCACAUGAAUUUUAUGUAGAAACAAAAAUAGGAUCAAAAUUAACUCUAAAACAAAUCAGUAACCAGCAUUUAAAACCUCAAGGAGAUGUACCUUUAGAUGUACCGUGCUUAAGAAACGAUUAUCCAGUUGUCUUAUUAGACCAGAACAGAAUGAAAGAAUGAUUGGUUUCACAAAAAAAAAAAAAAAAAACAUGGUCGAG